AGACUGGCUCAAGCGAAGGGCCGAGCCGAAGCUGAAAAAUAGGAACCGAAUUCGAUUCCCGGCCCUCACCAUGCCGCAAGAUUCUCUGGACUCGCAAAUGGCGAACAAGCAGGGCACCGCUGUGGAGGACGAAGACGAGCCAGCAACCCAAGCCCUGGACGAGGAUGACGUCAUCAUCAUGCGAACCUACGGUGUUGGCCCCUACGUGGAGCCCAUCAAAGUGGCCGAGAAGGAAGCAAAGGAAUACAUCAGCAAGAUCAACAAGCUCAUCGGCGUGAAGGAGUCGGACACCGGCCUGGCGCCCCCCAGCCAGUGGGACCUCGAGGGGGACAAGCAGAUGAUGAAGCAGGAGCAAGCGCUGCAGGUGGCCCGUGUCACUAAGAUCAUCGACCCCGGCACCGAUGACACCAAGUACGUGAUCAAGAUCCGUGAGUUCGCCAAGUUCGUGGUGGGCCUGGGGGAGAAGGUCUCCGCCACGGACAUCGAGGAGUCCAUGCGCGUGGGCGUGGACACCUCCCACGGCGGCAAGUACCGGAUCCAGAUCCCUCUCCCGCCAAAGAUCGACCCCAGCGUCACCAUGAUGACGGUUGAGGAGAAGCCGGACGUCACUUACAACGACGUCGGGGGCGCUAAGGAGCAGCUUGAACGCCUCCGCGAGGUGGUGGAGAUGCCUUUGCUGCAGCCGGAGCGCUUUGUGGCGCUGGGCAUCGAUCCUCCCAAGGGCGUGCUGCUGUAUGGACCCCCCGGCACGGGCAAGACCUUGACCGCCCGCGCGGUGGCCAAUCGCACCGACGCCUGCUUCAUUUGCGUCAUCGGCUCGGAGCUGGUGCAGCGCUACGUGGGGGAGGGCGCCCGCAUGGUGCGGGAGCUCUUUCAGCUGGCCAGGACCAAGAAGGCAUGCAUUCUCUUCAUCGAUGAGGUGGAUGCCAUUGGCGGCUCCCGCGGCGGAGACGAGGGCAAUAGCGACAGCGAGGUUCAGCGCACGAUGCUGGAGAUCGUGAAUCAGCUCGAUGGCUUCGACUCUCGGGGGAACGUGAAGGUGCUGAUGGCUACGAACCGGCCCGACACCUUGGACCCUGCGCUGCUGAGACCCGGCCGCCUGGAUCGCAAGAUCGAGUUCGGGCUGCCGGACCUGGAGGGCAGGACGCACAUCUUCAAGAUCCACGCCAAGACCAUGGCCAUCGACCGGGACGUGCGCUUCGAGCUGCUGGCCCGGCUGUGCCCGAAUACCACAGGUGCCGAGUGCCGCAGCGUGUGCACAGAAGCGGGGAUGUACGCCAUCCGCGCGCGCAGGAAGAGCAUCUCUGAGAAGGACCUCAUCGAUGCUAUCAACAAGGUCAUCAAGGGCUACUCCAAGUUCUCGUCCACUCCGAAGUACAUGGUCUACAACUGAGGGGUUUGAGUGCGAAGUCCGAGCGCCCGGGCCAGACUGAGCGAGUUCGGAGGAGACUUGGGUGA